AUGUUCACCUCCGAAGUUACCAACAAUCAGACGUCUACAAAUCCUGAAAGUUUUAUUAAAAUCAGACUAGAUUGCCGCCACGACAAUGUAAUAUUCAAAAUUCUUUGCACGACAGCCGUUGGCAGUGUAAAACAUAAAUUGAUCGGGUUAAACUUUGUCCUUGCAAUUGGAUUAAACUUCGGUGUAUCGACAUGUAUGCCUUGUAAAGCUUUCUUCCGUCGAAAUGCCAUCAAACUCGGUGUCCAACAAUAUGUUUGUCAUAAUGACGGUGAUUGUAUAAUAUCGUACAAGUUUCGUCGAUCGUGUAAUUGCUGUCGACUGGCGAAAUGUUUUCGUGUGGGAAUGGACAAGGGAAUGAUUCUAUCGGACGAAGAACGAGAUGCUCGUAAUCAACUAGUAGAAAUCAAUCGACUAAAGCGGGGAAAGGUUCCAAAACAGCAGUGCGCCAAAUGGAUGAAAUCUCCAGUAUUACUUUCUAUGUCGCCCAAACCUGUCAACUGCCUUUCGCCGUGUGAUCAAGUCAUUUUGUCGAAUAUAUUCCACGCAUAUGAAAGCACAUGUACAGCUACUAAAAAUCCUCAAUUCUCAUGCUUUCCAUCCAUUCAGCACACAUCCAUCCAUGAAUUUCUCAAUGAAUUCUCGGCUCUUUUUCCAGCCUUUAUCAACUAUUUCAAACAUAUUCCUGAAUUCGAGCAAAUAAAUAUUGAUGACAAAGUCAGUCUAGUUAAAUAUCACUUCGGUGUGAUGAUCAAUAUUAAUGAACCUCUGAUGCAGCCAUCACCACACAAGAAUUUAGUUGCCACGUGGUUGAAUGUUUUUGGUAUUGACAUAACUCGACGUCUUUUACAACGUAAUCAAAUCUUAGAACAGUACAUUCAUGAUCCUAUACUGUUGAAAAUCAUUCUCAUCGUUCUCGUAUUAUCCUGUAAUAAUUAUCGAGUUCUCGAUAAUUCUACGUUUAGUGGACUGUAUACCGAUCCGUUAUCGAUCUUAGCAGCCCAGAAUAUUUACAUAGAAUUAUUAUGGCGGUAUGUUCUAUCGCGUUGUGAUGGCGUAAAAGAUACCGUUAGAUUUAUGAACAAGUUAAUCAUGUGCAUACUCUAUCUUCAAAAUCUUGAUAUUUAUAUCGAUGAUUAUAUCAGUGGUCUACAUGAAGAACUUCAACAAAUGAACCCAUUAACACAAAACAUGUGGCCAGUAGACCAUGAAGCGAGUGAUAUGAAUGACAACAGGAUUGAAGGAGAUGUUAUUUUCUAG